UACCAAAACAAGUUUCUUCGUUUUCACUCUACGGCAAGUUUUAUAAUGUUGAGGCUCUUGCUUCCAUCGGUUCGUUAAAGAAAGAAAAAGGGUGCUGUACCCACCGGUCGCGAGAACACACAGUGUCCAGUGGAGAUCAAGGCCAGCCAAAAUGGAGGCGGUAGCGGAAGGGCCAAAGGAGUCGGUGGUGCUGUACCCGUCGCCGGGGAUGGGCCAUCUGGUGUCAAUGGUGGAGCUGGGCAAGCUCUUCCUACGCCAGGGCCUCGCCGUCACCCUCCUCAUCAUCGACCCCCCCUAUAAGACCGGCGCCACCGCCCCCUUCAUCGCUGCCGUCUCCGCCGCCCUCCCCGCCCUCACCAUCCACCGCCUUCCCCCGGUCGCCCUUCCCCCCAACCCUUCCCCCAACCUCGAGGCCCUCGCCUUCGACCUCCUCCGCCUCUCUAACCCUAAUCUCCGCCGCUUCCUUAUUUCCCUCUCCCCCUCCCCCCGCGCUCUCGUUCUCGACUUCUUCUGCGCCGACGCCCUAGACGUCGCUGCCGAGCUCGGCCUGCCCACCUACUUCUUCUUCACCUCCGGUGCCGCUGUCCUCGCCACUUUCUUGCACUUCCCGGCGCUCCACUCUGCCUCUUCCGCCAGCUUCAAAGAUCUCGGCCGUUCCCCUCUUUACAUCCCCGGCGUCCCCCCGCUUCCUGCCGACCACAUGCCGGUCCCCAUGCUCGACAGGGACGACGAGGCCUACAAGGGGUUCCUCUAUAUGUCCGGCCGGUUACCCGACUCCCAUGGGAUCCUCAUCAACACCUUCGAUUCCCUCGAGCCGAGAGCCAUCGAAGCCAUCUCCGCCGGUCUCUGCGUCACCGACGGCAGGCCGACGCCACCCAUCUACCCCAUCGGACCUCUCAUAGCAACCGAGGGCCGGGACAAACGAGGCAGAGAGGAGUGUCUCUCGUGGGUCGACACCCAGCCCAAGAGAAGCGUGGUUUUCCUGUGCUUCGGGAGUAUCGGGCUCUUUUCAGCGGAACAACUCAAGGAGGUGGCCACCGGUUUGGAGCGGAGCGGGCAACGAUUCCUGUGGGUCGUCCGGAGCCCACCGAUUCACGACCCGGCGAAGAAGUUCUCCCCGCCACCCGAGCCGGACCUGGACGUGUUGUUACCCGAGGGGUUUCUAAACCGGACGAAAAACCGGGGACUCGUGGUGAAGUCAUGGGCGCCUCAGGUGGACGUGCUGAACCACGAGGCGGUGGGCGGUUUCGUGACUCACUGCGGGUGGAACUCGGUGCUGGAGGCGAUCAUGGCCGGAAUUCCAAUGAUCGGGUGGCCACUGUACGCGGAGCAGCGGAUCAACAAAGUUUUGUUGGAGGAGAUGAGGCUGGCGGUGGUGUUGGAGGGGUACGACAAGGAGUUGGUGACGGCGGAGGAGGUGGAGGGAAAGGUGAGAUGGCUGAUGGAGUCGGAGGGGGGAAAGGAGUUGAGGGAGAGAACGGUGGCGGCGAAGGAGAGUGCAGCGGCGGCGCUGAGGGAAGGGGGGUCGUCUCACUCGGCGUUGCUGGAUGUUGUCGGCCAGUGGAAGCGGAGCUAGGCGCGUGAUUGCGUGCGUGUCGUUUUCGUUGGCGACGUAAAUGUGGAGAACAAGAGAUCGUAAAUUGCUUAAAACUGAUAUUUUUUAAUGGUUUGGUACUGUUCUUACCCAAAAAAAAGGUUUGGUAGUGCUGUGUCACCAAAAAAAAAAAAAAGAAGUUUCUUUUCGCCUUUGCCGUGCUUGUUGGCGGAUGGUUGUUCCUUAGGAAUAUUUGGUUCAACUAAUAAUGUGAUUGGUUCUCGUGGAUGGAAUCUUGCUUACCGCA